AUGCCGUUGACCCACACCCCCGGUAAGAAAAGUCCUGCUACCAUGGAUGAAGUGAAACCGCUUAUCCACCAGCGUGGCCAGGUAAGAGCCAAGGUUACGGCAAUCCUGAAACAACUCGAGAAAUCAGAAAACGAUUUGUCUCAGGUGAGUCUUCCUAUGUUGAGAGUCUUUUCUAGAAAACUGGAUAUUUUAUAUAAUGAAUUCAAUGCAUUGCAUAAAGAGAUUCUCAGUGUGAUUCCCUCUUCGAAGCUCGACGACCAGGAUGAAAAAGUUGUAGAAUUUGAUUUAAUCCAUACUGAUGCCUUGAUGCGUGUUGAGUGCCUGAUUGACAAAGUGUCGAAGCCUUGUAUGCCUUCUUCCAGCGCAGUUGCACCAAUUCCUUCCACAAGUUUUGCUCAGCCUGCCCAAGUGAUUGUUCAGCAACAACCUUUAAAGGCACCCAUUCCAACCUUCAAUGGUGAAUAUGAGAAUUGGCCUCGAUUUAAGGCGUUGUUUUCGGACAUCAUUGGGCGUUGUACCGAUUCGGAUGCAAUUAAGUUGCAUCAUUUAGAUAAAGCGUUGAUUGGUGCAGCUGCCGGAAUAAUUGAUUCCAGGACACUCGUAGAAAACAAUUAUAAUCACGCAUGGGAAAUACUGGUCGAGCGAUUCGAAAAUAAGCGUGUGAUAGUUGACACCCAUCUCUCUGGAUUGUUAACUAUGAAAAAGAUGGUGAAAGAAUCUCACACUGAGUUGCGUGCAUUGAUUGAAACAUGUUCCCGGCACAUCGAAGGGUUGAAAUUUCUUGAUCAACCAGUUGAUGGCAAUGCAGGGUUGUUCAUCAACAAGCUGCUAACCUCUUGCCUUGAUCCCGUAACCCGCAAGCAAUGGGAGAGAACGCUUAAGCACGGUGAGUUGCCUGAUCUUGAAAGGACGCUAAAUUUUCUUAAAGAUCAAUGUCGCGUUCUCGAGCGUUGCGAAACAGACAAUCCUCCCGCUAGUAAUGUAAAGUCUCUUCCAAAUACUCCAAAAACUGCCAGUUUAAAGGUUCAUACCACUUCUGCCCUAUCGACGAAUGGCUCCUGUCAUUUUUGUAGCAAAGACCAUCUAAAUUAUCAAUGUCCCGAUUUCCGUAACAUGUCACUUUCUGAACGCUUGUUGAAAGUCAAAGAAAGUCGUGUUUGUUACAAUUGCCUUCGCCGCGGGCAUCGUUCAGCUGACUGUUCGUCGAAGGGUAGUUGUGCUAAAUGUAGAAAACGACACCAUACCUUACUGCACGAUGAAUCGAAACAACCGAAUGUUAGCUCGAAGCAAUCUAAGAACAAUCCUAUAUCGCAAUCGGAACCAGUAAAAGGUUCAAUGAAUGUUAUUUCCCAGCCUGUUAAAAAUGUAAAUGUUGACGAGUUUGUCCAAACUCAACCCGUUUCCUCAUCCUGUUCUGUAAACCUUGGUAAAACAACACUGCCGAAUGUGUUGUUGCUCACUGCUGUUGUAAAUUUGAUGGAUCAGCAUGGGCAACCGAUUGCUUGUCGAGCUCUUCUGGAUUGCGGUGCUCAGACAAAUCUUCUUUCCAGUGCGAUGUAUCAGAAACUGGGACUAAAGGGAGAAGCAGCUAACUUUGACAUUGUUGGAGUUGGCAAUGGCCGAUCAAAUGCAAGUUGUCUUGUAUCAGUUCAAUUGACAUCCCAAUGCAGCGAUUAUGCGACCACUUUGAAAUGUCUAGUUAUCCCCAAAAUUACGAAUCCGAUUCCUCAUAAACGUGUCGACAUUUCAAAUUGGAAUAUUCCGAUUGGCUUGCAUUUGGCUGAUCCCUCGUUUCACACUCCCUCAGAAAUCGACUUAUUAAUUGGUCUUGAUCAUUUCUUCUCAGUUAUGAAGCAUGGUCAUUUUAGAAUUGAUGAAGAUUUACCUGAGCUGCGAGAAACCGAGUUUGGUUGGGUUGUUUCCGGUGAAAUUCGUGAUGAAUAUGAACCUAUUAUAAAUGAAAGACUAGCAACCGCAAUUACAAUUGAAUCAUUGAAUGAUACCACCAACCGAUUACGGAGUAUAAAAGAAUGCCAAGACUUACUUCCCCCUGAUCCUAAAGCGCAAGAAUGUAAAGAACACUUUUUGUCAACUCACCGAAUAGAUAUUACAGAUCGUGAUAUAGUUGAUCCCCCCUUCCACGAUAAUGUAAACCAAUUUCACGACAACCUGUCGUCAGAAUUUCGUCGUUUCUUGUUCCGUACACGAUGCCUGCCUCGAAAUCCUAAGUUGUGUCUCCAGUACUCAAGGUUAAUCGAAAAAUCUGAGUCUAUUGGUCACUACCGAGAAGGCCUAGAAAAAGUUGAUCCCCCCGACAAGUUAAGGUUACCACCCUCAUCUUGCCGUCCUAUGUCCGACUAG